CCCUCCUCCCGUGCGCCCGCCCGCCGCCUGCCGCCGCCGCCGCCGCCGCCGGAGCUCUGUAGUAUGGCAUCGAGGAGAAUGGAGACCAAACCUGUGAUAACCUGUCUCAAAACCCUCCUCAUCAUCUACUCCUUCGUCUUCUGGAUCACCGGGGUGAUCCUGCUGGCUGUCGGAGUCUGGGGCAAACUCACUUUGGGCACCUAUAUCUCCCUUAUUGCCGAGAACUCCACAAAUGCUCCCUAUGUGCUUAUCGGCACUGGCACCACUAUCGUUGUUUUUGGCCUGUUUGGGUGCUUCGCCACAUGCCGUGGUAGCCCAUGGAUGCUGAAACUGUAUGCCAUGUUUCUGUCCCUGGUGUUCCUGGCUGAGCUCGUAGCUGGCAUUUCAGGGUUUGUGUUUCGUCAUGAGAUCAAGGACACCUUCCUGAGGACUUACACAGAUGCCAUGCAGAACUACAAUGGCAAUGACGAGAGGAGCCGGGCGGUGGAUCACGUGCAGCGCAGCCUGAGCUGCUGCGGCGUGCAGAACUACACCAACUGGAGCACCAGCCCCUACUUCCUGGAGCACGGCAUCCCCCCAAGUUGCUGCAUGAACGAAACUGAUUGUAAUCCCCAGGACCUGCACAAUCUGACCGUGGCCGCCACCAAAGUUAACCAGAAGGGUUGCUACGAUCUGGUGACCAGUUUCAUGGAGACUAACAUGGGCAUCAUCGCUGGUGUGGCCUUCGGGAUCGCAUUCUCCCAGCUGAUCGGCAUGCUGCUGGCCUGCUGUCUGUCCCGGUUCAUCACGGCCAACCAGUAUGAGAUGGUGUAAAGAGAAGUCUUUCAAGAAUGGCGGAAUAAGAGACCUGUUUUCAAAAAGAACUGCAGCAAUCUUUGAAAGACUUCCAAAGAAUGUUAGAGCACAGUACAUAAGACACCUGGCCCCGCUCCCCCUAACCCCCAUCCCGCGUGCAACUGACCCUCCCACACAGUCUCUGCACUGCCUUUCUGCCACAUCAUGUGUAACGUUCCAUUUUGUGAAGCCCUGUUGUGCCAGAGUAUAGCCAGGUUCCCUGCAUCUAGUCCUAGUGGACCCCACCUGAGGCCCUGUGUGUGCCAGCUCCUCCAUGUGUACUUGGUCCAACAGCAGCUCAUUGUAGGUGACUGGUUAUCACGCCAUCCCUGGCCCCACUGGGCCCUGCAUGUAGUGUGGGAGGCUCCUGUUAGCCCUUCAUCAUGAUUGAUAAGUGCCGCACCCCUUGAUGUAGAUAAGCAGAUAGCUAUCUGUUCUUCUGGCUUAAUCUCCUUUGGUUUUGCCUUUACUAAGGCGCUUUCCUACCUUCUUCAGGCUGCCUAGCAUAUGUAAAGAGAUACAUAAGUAACGGUCCAUGAGGAGAAAAAAGUGUGUGUCGUGCAUGAAGGAAGUUGUCGAGUCUUCCUAGGAGGCCUCCUUGCUCAUUAUUGUGACAUGCCUGGGUAUGUGUGGAUGGUUUAGAGCACCUAUGCCUCUCAGUUGAAACCCGAAUAAUCCUUCUAUCAGCUGUAUUGUUGCUUCCCGCAAAAGUGAAUAAUGUUACUUCUGUUUUUGCCUCAGUUAAUUGCUAUUGUGUUAUUUUACUUCUUUCUGUAUUUUUCCUUUGCAUUGACAUUACAGACAUCAAAGAUCUCAUCAAAUCAACUUAAAAAUGAGUGUGAAGGGGGAACAAAAGUCAAACCAUUUUUAAAAGAUCUUGCAAAACCAUGCCUCUGUCUAGCAUGCCAACAAGAAUGCAUUGAUAUUGUGAACAUUUGUGAUACAUGUAUUAAUAAAUAGUCAUUACAAA